CAGCACAUUCGGUCACCCGUAAGCUUCAACAACAUUCACUUCGACAAAGACCUCGACACUGAAACAAUCAAUGGCAUUAAUCUUGACGAAGACCUGAUGAGGACCUUUGGAGACGAAGUCCUCGAAGGGCCAGUGGUUUUCAAGGAUUCCAUUCGUACAAAAGGACCCAUUGACGUUGCCCCUGGUGUGAAAGUAAAUGGCAUUGACCUUUCUGAGGCUGCCAAGCUGGUGUCAAGUUCCCAUCAAAACACUGUCAUCCAUGGGGACGUGUCUUUCCCGUCGCUGGUGGUACAAAAGGACCUUCACGCUGAAACCGUCAAUGGAAAGCCACUCGCCCAGCAGUUCCUCUUGGUGAAUGGCGAGCAAGUGAUGGCCGGUUUGCCGUCCUUCAUGCAACCGAUCUCUGUCAAAGAGAUCGUCGCGGACUUCGUCAGUCCAGUCCAACUCAACGGCGUGCCCUUCAGAGAAUUCAUGGACGAGCUGGUCUUGCAAAACGGCUCUCGGCACAGGCUCAUCACCAACAAGCACUUCAGGAAUGGAUUGGAAGCACACCACUUGCAAAGCUACGGCCUCGUCGACGGCGUCAACGUCGAAGAGAUGCUGAACAGCGUGGUGCUCCUUGACGUUCCCCAGGUAGUGGAUGGCAUCAAGGUGUUCCAGAACCGUUUGCGCCUGGAAUCCUUGCUCGCUGAUCAAGUGAACGGCAUCGACAUCAAAGAACACGUUCGAAGGGUUGUUCGCCGCAACAUUCAACAGGUUAUAACCGGAAAGAAGACUGUCAUGGGGAAAGCUUUCGUUCAUGGCCACGUGACGACCGGUGAUCUCGUAAACGGAGUCGACAUGAAGGACCUUUACGCCAGAGCAAUGUCAAAAACUCAAGAGAAUCUGAUUUCUGCGCCGAUGACCUUCUUGGGUGGCUUGGAUGCCCGCCGGUUGCACCUUUACGGACCUGCGAAGCUCGAUGGACUCAACCUCGACAAUGUGGUGCUGCUUCGAGAAGACGAAGUUCUGGGGGGCACGGUUGUCUUCAAGAACCUUCUGUCGGACGGAGACAUUCAGAUUGGUGGCCUCUUGAACGGCUGCAACAUCACUAAGCUGUACAAGGAAGCAUUGUACAACAAUGGCGUGAAACAGUCGGUGUACGGUCAAAAGCACUUCUCGAAGUUGAACGUCAAGGGCAACGUCCACAUUCUCGGGGACCUCAACGGAGCACCAUUCGACGCUCUGGUUGGCAACCUCCUCGCGAGGGAUGUGCCGCAAACCGUGGACGGCCCGGUGACCUUCUUGGACAAGGUGGUCGUAGACUCCCUCACCCUGACGGGACCGAUCAACGGAGUCAACCUGACAGACCUGCUGCGCGACGCCGUCACCAAGUCAACUGAACAGGUGGUCCGAGGAACAAAGACCUUCACUAACCAAAACGGACUGGUUGCGUCCAACUCUCUUCACGUUCGCGGCAACGUCGUAUCGCGUGGCCUCGUGGGUGGCAUCAGCGUCGCCGAUCUUGCCAGCGUAGUCACGGCCCACGGUCGCCACGUCAUCCAUGGCAAAAAGACCUUGGUGGGACCUCUGACUGUAGACAACAUCGACGUGAAAGGCAAGCUGAACGGCCUGCGCAUACCCGAAGACCUGGUCCUGCCGAGGCUCAAGAACCAGCUCAUUCCGGGCAAGGUCAUCCUGGCUGGGCCCUCGGCCAUUCAGGGCAACUUGAAGGUCGGCAAGGUCAACGACCUCUACCUGGAACAGCUGUUGGCCGAGAGGGUGACCCUGAGCGGGGAUCAGCGGGUCAGGUCCAAGCUAGUCUUCCAGAGGGACAUUCCAAUAUAUGGAGACCUCGGUUUCGAACGCAUCAACGGUAUUUUGAGGGAGCAGCUGGUCACCCAAUCCAGGGAGUACAAGCUAUCUGGCGCAAAGACUUUCGUCCAGGACGUAGAGAUCCGUGGUAACCUGAACGCGGUCACCGUCAACGGGUACGACCUGAUCGAGCUUGCGAGAGACGUCGUCCUCGUCAACAGGCCCGAGGAGAUACCACAUUCCACCGUUUUCUCGGCUCCGAUUGAAGUGGUCGGACAGAUCACCGUCGUUGGCACCGCAAACGGCAUUGACGUUCAAAACCUGAAGCAGAACUUCGACACAGGCAAGAACAGGUGGAAGCAGGAAGUUCAGGCCAUGGCGGACGCCCUCAGAUACCACGAAGCUGUCCUGCAGAGACAGCUUGCUGCUUACAAAGGCCAAGCCACUGGUCUUGCCUACUUCAGGGCAUUCCAGACACUGGAUAUUCCCUCUCGAAGGAUCUUUACUAGCCCGGUUGCUCGCUCUGUGAGGUCUCCCUGGAAUACGGCUCCUGCAGACUCAAUGGUCCUAUGGACUGCCUGGCCGACUCGCUGUCUCCACGGAGGAGACGACUGCUGCGAGGACUUCUCGUCGGAAGUCCUUAUCGUGGAGCCAGACGGCACGCUGUCCAAGGGACGACAGGCCUUGCGCCGUCGAUACUUCCCGUUCGCUUCUCAACAUGCCGCGAUGCAACCAGGGUUCGUCGUCUGGACCAAUAGCACUUCUAGCAGAAUCGGCUGUGAACACCCGGGCGCGGAGGAGCUGGCCCUGGGUCUCCUCGAUCCGCACGGCCAACUUGCGAGCGAUCAGCUCGUCAAGGUCGACCUGAGGGUGACCGCGUCGGCGUUCGUCAGCGACGCCAGGAUGUUUGAAUUCCUCGGAAGCGCAUACCUGGUUGUGGCCCACUCUUUCAACAAGUACCUCCUGCCCUCGAGCAAAGGCGAGUGCAUCGUGCCAGCGUGUACUUGCAGCUCCUGCGGUUCAGAUGCUACCAUGGCCGUAGUGCGGUGUGGACACAUUGACGUCUAUCGGCUUGCACCGGGCCAGGCCCACUGGCAGCUCCACCAGACUCUGAACGCCACCGGCGUGGCGUCCAUUGACGUCGUGGAAUUCGAUGGCGUCGUGUUUCUCUCGUCUGCGAACAACUGGAAGCAGGGCUUGACAUCAACUUACUCCACCAUCUACACUCUCUCGGGAGUUGUUGACAUGUUCGUGCCAGUGGCUGACGUGCCCACGUCGCUGGCAUCUUCGACUCUGUUCCUUACCGUGGACAACUCGCUGCUGUGCGCAUUCGCAAGCGAAACUACCGCGCUGCAGGACCAGCAUAGCUGGCUGGAUGCCUACACCGAGCCGGUCAGCAUCUACAGACACGUGUACGGCCACUUUCAGCUUCUUCAAAACAUUCCGCUGUACGGCGUCAACACCAUGGAGCACUUCAGGUUUGCAGGCAAGUGUGGAAUUUUCGGAUAA